AUGAGACGCACCUGCUGUGUUUACCGUCGGGUACUGCGUCGCCAUUGGGCCAAUACCACCGUUACCGAGGGCCCUUCACAAUUGUCAUCAAUGCAAUCCGCUGUUUCACUGAGUGGCGGCAUGUGUGGGGAGGCGAGCUCGCUUGCCAUGCAAUUGCUGCGCAGGCAUCGGCAGCAACAACAUGAGCGUGCGCACGAUUCCACACACUCAUAUAAUCAUGAGCCCGCUGUGAGUCCAUUGUCUGGUUAUGGCAAAACUGCUGUGAUUCAGAGGCUGGCGCGGUUAACUAAUGUGGAAGACGUUGGGACGGAGGCGCUUUUGAGGGCAACAGAUGAUGAAUGGGAGAGUCGCAUAGCUUUGGAGCGUGCCCCUACCAGACUUGGGGCACUGCGACGGUUGCAGUCCAGCGCAUCGGGAAAAUCGGUUUCGCGUCGUCGCAGCCGGGCCACCCGCAGCCUUGCGGGAAAAGAGGAGGAUAUUGGAGAUGAUAGAUCAUUGGUGGGGUUUGACAGCGUGCCCAGGCGAUAUGACGCCGUAGUUCCGAGCGGUAAUGUACCCGACGCAGUCUCUGCAGCGGCUGCUUCUAAAAGUUGGAAAAUGAACCUUGUGGCGAAUCUAACUCGUAGCGGUACCCUUCGCGGGGUUACGGCAUGGAAUGAGCGAUGUGAGCGCCAACAUGAGUGGCAGCGGGUGCGGGAAUUUAUGUUUUCCGGUCGUGGGGAUUCCACUAGGGUCGAUUUACGUUGCCAACCAGAACAUUCAAGGAGGGACAACUCUGAGAGUGCGGUGUUGUGUCCCAGUACCAAAGGGUUUUAUACAUCUCUUGCAUUCCACCGCUACUGCCGCAGCUUCGGAAGCGGUAAAAUUUCUUCUGAAGCCUUUAUGAUUGAUCCGGCGCUGUAUUAUGUGCUGGGGAAUUUGAACACGACUGCUGACGAGUCUCUGGAGGAGGUUCAUAAAAAGGCGGAGGAGCUGCAUCACCGCUACAACAACGAGUGCCACAUGCGGACCGACACCGUAAAAGAAAAUACGGGUUUGUGUCGUGUGUGA